GGCAAUUGUAAACACUAGUCACUGUCACGCUGAACAGCACGUGUCCAGUACGUUGCAUAACUUUAUGUCCUGACGAUUGAUAAAAAAGGAUCGUUUUCAACGAAUUUUCAGCUCAUAACAUCAAACAGAGGGAUUGCAUUCGUUCAACAUCGAUAUAUCUAGGAACAAUUCAAAUUCACUCUUCAACAUGGUGCUGGUGUUUGAUGCAGAUGAAAACAACUUGGCCAUUUGUGCCAUAGUUACUGUUGCUAUGCAGUUCACUUUUUUUCUGGUGGCAUGUACCUGUAAAUUUGACAAAGUGACAGACUUUGCUGGGGGUACUAACUUUGUAGUUUUAGCCUUACUUACCUUUUUGCUAGCACAGACCUACAAUUGGAGACAGGUAUGUGUGACCGUAUUUGUGUGUAUCUGGGGUAUAAGGCUGUCCGGGUACCUUCUAUACAGAAUCAUCAAAAUAGGAGAGGAUAAAAGAUUUGAUGACAAGCGAGAAAAUUGUGCUGCAUUUGCUGGGUUCUGGACAUUUCAGGCAUUCUGGGUAUUCACUGUCAGUUUGCCAGUCAUCUUCAUAAAUGCACCGUCCAGUGCGGUCAAGUUGGACCCUGAUAACGACUGGAAACCUCAGGAUAUCAUCGGUGCUUUUCUUUUCGUCAUUGGCCUGUUAUCAGAGACAAUUGCUGACAUUGAGAAAUUUAACUUCAGAAAUAAUCCCGAGAAUAAAGGAAAAUGGUGUGAUGUUGGUCUGUGGAGUGUGAGCCGACAUCCAAACUAUUUUGGGGAGAUAACUCUUUGGCUAGGGAUUUUCAUCAUCAGUACCAGUAUUCUUUGGGAUGGACAGUGGUCAGCGGUCCUUAGUCCAGUUUUUACCAUGAGCAUUCUACUGUUUCUCAGUGGUAUCCCACUACUGGAGAAAAAGGCAGAUGAACGAUUCAGAAAGAAUGAGACAUAUGUGAUCUUCAAGAACAGGACAAGUCCGUUAAUCCCCCUCCCCAACGGGUGCUAUGGAGCCCUCCCCAGGGCCCUGAAGUGUUUAUGCUGCUGUGAGUUCCCUCUCUAUGACCAUCUCAAUGAUGAAGCAGAACAGAUUGUAAUCAAAACAGAAAUACCAGAGAGUGAAAACAAAGAGUGAAAGAAUGGCUGAAAUAGAGUACAAGAGUGUGUGCCAUAUAAAUGUAGUGUACUAGGAUGCUAUAUUGCCAUAAUUAGCCCCCCGGCCCCUCCCCCAGGUUCAAUGAGUAAUUCAAUAGCUCUCACUAUUUCUGACAAAUUUAUCGGUAAGGAGAAGCCCUCGCCCAUCACAUUUGGGACUAUGUCGCUGAAGGAAAUUGAAACUAACUUUUGAGAAACUUGUAUAGAAGACCAGUUUUUUUUCAAUAAAUACAUAAAUAAUGUUUUUAGAUAAUAUUUAACAAUAUUUCAUACAGUGAGGAUUUUUACACUUUUUCUUCUGGUACUUAUAUAAGUUCAUUUAAUUUAUUAUAACCCCUCUUUUCUCUGGACAGAAAUGGUUUAUUUUAUCGAAAUGGCCUCUUCUCUUUUUGUGGAUUUCUACUAAGGGACCUUGGUGCUAAUUACAGCAAUAACAGUGUUUUGUUUUACUAUAUAAAUAUAUAUCAUAUACAUAUAUAUAUAUGUUUUGUGGGCAUUGCUAAGUAAACACAUCAAUACGCAUUUUUGUUGUCAAAACAUUUAAACUUCAUCAGUACAUUAAAGUUUAAAGUGAACUUCUUUAAAGCUAUAAACACUUCAUCUUCCGACAUAAAGCUUAAGCAUUCAUUACUUUAUAUUUGUAUUCCAUUUUACUGAAAAAAAGUAGAGAACAAAACAAAAUACAAAUUGUUUUGAAGCAUGAAAGAGAUUUGUAUAUGUUUGUAUAUAUUUUACUAGAUAUUAUUUUAUCUUAUUUAUGUUUUUCUAUAACCAUGUUUUGUUUGUGUACAGCAAAAAUGUCUACCAGACUAUUGGGCAAAUCGAGCAAAAGUUGCAUGUUUUCAAUGAAACAUACUUUUUCUUCUGUGAUUUAUAUUUUCUAAAAUCUUGAUUUAUCAUUAUCAAUACUCUUUAGAGACCAAAUCUGUUAUAAAACCUCUUUAUGAAGCCAUGUGUCUCUUAUCAAAACACAUCUCUGAUAGAAUCACCUUUUUUAUAACACCAAACUGUCUUCAGCUGUCAACAUGCCAUUAUGUUUUUGCAUUCCUUUAGGUGGUCUUCCUUUAGGUGGUCUUCAAGUACAAAAAGUUUUUUCCACUAAAAGAAUCAGUAGAUGGAUUUAAGAUAUUUUUUUACCAGGGAUGAAGUUGUGUAUGUCCCUAGAAGGAGCAGUUAAAUGUUCAGGAGACUGCUUUUCUUAUUGAAUAUUCCACCUAAGAUCUGUACAAUAGAUGUUUUUUUUAGGUUGCAUUUACAUGUAUUUCAAAAUGCGUACAUAUAUGCACAAUGUCAUCCAAGAUAUAUAUUUUUUCUGUUUUUGUUUUUGUUUUUUGUUUUUUUUUCAAAUAUUGUGUUGUCUCAAAUCUGUAUUGAAAUCAUUGUUAAGAAAUCCAUAAAGUAUUUUCUCAAUAUAGGUUCCUAUAGCUAUGUAAGGCUACACUGCUGAUUUCUAAAAGUGCUCUCGUACUACACUCAGUUUCUUUAAAGAGACAAUAACCUCUGAAAAUCUUUGACUAAUUUUUUGCACUAUCUACCUCAAUAUUUCAGGGGCAUAGAAGCUUCAUGGUUAUAGAUGAUACAACACUAACUGCCAACGAGCAAAACAUACACUCCUAGUGCUAAAUGAUAAUUUUGUUCAUUGAAGAAAAGACAAUUUUAAAUGUAAGCAAAAUGAUUGAAUGGGAACUCAAUGAUUUAUGAGAGUGAGAAAUUGUUGGAUGAAAUGAGUAAUAUUCACUGUCAGUUAUGUGGAAGGAGCACAUAUUUAAAUAUAAGUGCACCUAUACCAAGCAAUGAAUGGCAAUUCAUGAUCAAGCUUAAUCAUAGCCUGUGUAUGUUGCAUUUAUGAUGUGUUUAUUAUCAAACAUUUGAUGCUCUUAAUUCUUAUAUCUAUUGUUUCAAAAAUCUAUUGUUUCAACAAUCUGUUUCAAUAAUCUAUUGUUUCAAUAAGUUUCAGUAUUAUAAAGCUUUUAUUUCAAUAAUCUAUUGUUUCAAUAUAUUUUCUAUUAUUCUGGUAUGAAUUUUCAGUACUAAAAUGAGAUUUUUAAAUGUUCAGUGAGAGAGAGAGUGAAAAUUUAUACCAGGUGGAUAUUGUUUUGUCAGAUAUUUACAAUAUAACAUUACCAUAUCAGCCUGGUGUUAAUGUUCUCAUAAAAAUUUAAUGCAAACCACAGUAUACUGUCUCUUGAUAUUCAUCCUGUGAUAACCUGAGGGGCAAACACAUUGAUCAGCUUCCAAUUGAUCAGAAUAUUUCAGGACAUUAUAAGGAUUUCUACUGAGCUUAAGUAGACAUGGGUGAACUUAUCACUAGGCAUGGGUUUAUAGGAUUGAAUUCCAAAUGUGACAUUAAUUUCCUGGUAUAAUAUAUAUAAUUUACAUUUGUUUAUCUCAAACCAAAUGUAUAUACUGUUGUUUACAAAGAUGUUCUUUUGCAUAUAUACUUGUUUGUUUGUUUAGUUUUGAUGAUUGUAAACAGAUAGAUACUUGUAAACUGAUUGUAGAUAAUUGAGAUACACACUGAUUGUAGAGUUGUGGUAUGUACAUCUAAAAGUAAUGUAUCUACCUCCAAUGUACUGUACAAAACAAUAUCCUGCAAGUGGUAUCCUAUAUCACAAAUUAAAAUACUACCUAUAUUUUAAACUAUACAGGUAUGUAGUUUUGUACAUGAACACAUUUUACACAAAUUAACGGCAUUCAUAAAUUUAAUCAUAGUUACCUCAUUACUUAAUGAGUACAUUUGUACUUUUAGGAGGUGAUAAUUGAAUACAUUGACAUUCAACAGGAAAAUCUGGAAUAUCAUUUCCAUUUGCAUUCGUGCCAUGCCAUUUAGUGCUAUAUGUUCUGGUAUAAUAUGUUGUCGAUUUUUCACAAAUUCAUUUAAACUCAUAGGCUCUACAUUAUUCCUCACAAAAACAUUGCCUGUUUUUAUUUUUAUAACAAUAAAAUGUGUCAGAAAAAGUGUAUGAAACUUUCUCUUUGUGACUUACCUAGAACAUUUUGCGAGAAGUGUGCUUUCUUAAAUGUUGAAAAUAAUGAGUUGGCGGAAAACAGUCGUCAAUAUCUCAUAUAUUACAGUUAUAACAGUGAAAAUCAGACAAUAUAAGGUUAUUCUAAUUCAUUUAUUCAACUUGUGUGUCGUUUCCCUGGAAACCGGGCAUUUUUCGCAUAAAUAUUGCUUUUCCUUUGACUUUAAAAAGGCGCAUACUAGAACAAGAGUACUUUUAAUGUAGACAAAAUUGUUCAUCUUCAUAGAGACUGUUGGGGAUUGAUAAUAAUAAGAUACAAUUUCUUUACAUGUUCAUGGUAUGUUUCUAUCUCUAGAACAUCACUUAUUAUUAGGCCAAAAAUAAAUAUGUUUGUUUUCCAUUCCUCUAAUGCCUUCAACUUGGAAAGGGUGUAUUUUUGUUACAUAAGUUAUACAAUAGAUUAUCCUUUUAUCUACUAAAUUUGAGUAAUUUGAUUAUUCUAAACUUAAUUCUCUCUUUGAAAAUAGGAAAAAGAUUGACACCUUGAAAUCAAUACACUUCACAGAUCACACAAGAAAAAUUGGAAAAAGGAAACACAAAUAAAUUUUAAUUUGGCCUUAGGCUCAUAUCACUGUCUCCUUUGGUUUUGUCUGCUUGCAAGGAGACAAAAUAUGAAAUAAUGAAUGUCCAUGGCAUUUCAACAUCUUAAUGUCUAUACUGUAAUGUACAGUGUUAGAGCCAAAUUUUGCCAUUUUCACAUUUAUUAAGACAGUGGUAAUCCAUUGUUCAUUAAUAAGUUAUCCUUUUAUCGGGGACCAGAGGUGACAAUAUGAUGAGGUUUCUAUAGAUGGACAUGCAAUUCUAUGUGUAUACAAAAGUGUAAUACAAGGUAUACUCUUCCAAAGUUUGGGUGUUGUAUCAAAUUGGCCUUGAAUAGUAAUUUUAUGCCUGAACAAAUGUAUUGAAUUCAGUUGAAAGUAAACAUCAUAUACAUUUAUUGUAUUGAUGACCCCUAGAAGUAUCUCACAGCACAACUAAAUUAUAGCACAGCAUAUAUUUUCUCCACAGCACAUAACUGCUAUGUCAAAAAUACAAAUUCAAUUUAUUGAUAUGAAAGUACUGAUACAUUUGUAUCUGGCAUUAUUGCAAAGGAACGUAUUUAUGACACAAAAUAAAAAAAUGUUAUAAGGAAUCUCAAUUCAUAUUAUGGCAUUUAAAAUAAAAUUUUAAAAAACUUUAUAUAUAGUAACUAAAACAACAUCAAAUUUGCCGGGUGUCCGUUUUGGUACACUUCACGUGCGUUAUAAUUUGAUAUAUAAAUUUAGUUCCAAAAUGUAAUGUACUUAUACUUUGUACUGUUUUUCAGUUAUUUAUUUUAGUUGAUUAUGUAUUCGUUUAGUACAAUUUAAUAAAUUUAGUUAAGAAUUAAA